AUGUCAGAAUCUGCCACAGCACUUGUCCUCCACGGCGCAAAGGACCUCCGUCUGGAGAAACGCGAUGUCACCCCUCCAACAGGUUCAGAAGUCCAAGUUGCAAUCCAAGCAACAGGAAUCUGCGGCUCAGACCUACACUACUACUCACACGGCCGAAAUGGCGACUUCGUUGUACGAGCACCAAUGUGCCUAGGCCACGAAUCAGCUGGCACAAUCACAGCCAUAGGACCAGAAGUAACAACGCUGAAAGUGGGCGAUCGCGUAGCCCUAGAAGUCGGACUGCCAUGUCGGAAAUGCGCCCUUUGCCAAACAGGUCGCUACAACAUCUGCUCUUCAAUGCAAUUCCGCAGCAGUGCAAAGGCCUUCCCUCAUUUGGACGGUACUCUCAUGGAGCGCACAAAUCACCCGGCUGGUAUGUGUCAUCUCUUGCCCACUCAUGUAUCAGACGCAGGAGGUGCGCUUGUCGAGCCUCUAGCCGUGUGUUUACAUGCUAUUCGGCGCUCACGCCCACCAACAAAGGAGCAGGUUGAACUUGCGCGCGCCACAGGAGAGGGCACUGCUGCGCUAGUCUUUGGCGCAGGUGCUAUCGGUCUGCUCCUCGCUUCGGCAUUGGCUGCAUCGGAAAAUUUCUCUACAAUUGUCGUUGCCGAUAUCGAUGCUGCGCGUCUGAAGAUCGCUGCCGGGCUCGGACUCGGGCUGAAAACUGCUCUUAUUCCGCGCAGUGACCCUGCAAAUCCACCUCCUGCCAAGGAUGCCCCUCAUGCGGAUCAGACCGCGUAUGCGCUACAGAGUGCCCAGCGUCUCGCUAGCACGCUAGUCAAGACUGCUACAGAGGGCGAUACUAGUCUGCUGGGAUUUAGUCGUGUGUACGACUGCACUGGUGUUCCGGCCUGUGUACAAGCGGGAAUUUAUGCUUCGGCGCCUGGUGGUGUGCUGGUUCAGAUCGGUAUGGGUAACCCUAUACAGACACUUCCUGUUGGUGCAGCUGCGCUGCGUGAGGUCGAUAUCAUUGGCGUGUUCCGGUAUGAUGGGUAUGCUUAUCCAGCUGCUAUUUCCUUGUUGGCUAGUGGGAAAUUGAAGACGACUGAAGAGAAGGUUGUUACUCAUCGGCUGACGCUGGAGGAGGGUGAGCGAGCUUUUACGCUCGCUGGAAAGGGCGUGGAUGAGAGCGGUAACCCGGUUGUCAAGGUUAUCAUCGAAGGGCCUCGGGCGAGUCUGUGA